GGUCUUGACUCUCUACCUGAUAUUAUCGGUCACACCUCAUUCAACAACAUCUAACUAAUUCAUCCAGAGAAAAAUAUAACACACAAACAAAUCGAAAACUAUCAAUAUAUUGCCAGGUUAAAUUGAAACUGUUAGUUCACCAAGCGUAUAGAAACAGGUGACUUGUUUUGAGAGGUGUGUUUGCAAAAAGCGAUGAAUAGAAGCGGUCAUUCUAAGGAAAAUUAACAAAGCCGAGGGUGAAACUUACUUACAGUCUUGAAAGCGAAGUAGUUUGUUAAGAAAGAAACGACAAUAUAAGACACAAAGUUUAAGACCGUGUUUAAGAAAAGUGAAAAAACCAGCCGACAGCUUUUAGAGUUAGAAGAGAAGAGGAUUCAAGUUGCAAAUUUAUUUUAAUAAGGGUGGAAAAAACCCGAAGAUAUUGUUUAAAGAACUUAUCAUCAUUUGGAAGCGAAUGCAAAAAGAAAUCAACGGUGAUAUAUCCUAAGUUUUUCUUGAAUUGUCAGAACGAAGAGAAUAGAAAUAAAUGAAAGAAAGCCUGUUUGUCGAAACUAGAAAGUGACAUUAAAAGGCAGACGACAUUUUUUCCAGUGGGACACGUCUGGUUUGUCGAUUUUCAACUAAAAGUGAAGUUAAUCUUACAACUCUGAAACAGUCAUGAAUCUUAAAGGAAUACAAACAUCAAUUCAGUAUCAUUUGCUUCUCAUAUUGCUGUCAGAAUUGACUCUUCUACAUUUUGCGACUCCGAAAGCUGGAAAACCAGCGUGUAUCAACGUCCGAUUCGCGGAAAUAACCAAAUCAAAGUGCUUAUCUGCUCGGAAUACAACGUAUGGCACCGUAUCGUCUGCUAAUGACAUCGUAUCGUCUGCUAAUGACCACGUAUCGUCUGCUAAUGACCACGUACCGUCUGCUAAAGACACCGUAUCGUCUGCUAAUGACGCCGUAUCGUCUGAUAAUGACUGUGCGUCUCGAUGUACCUCCCACAGUGAGUGCGGAUAUUUUAGCUACUGCGAUGGUUCGUGUCAUAUACAUCAAUGGUUUUACGACGAAGAAAUUAAAGAUUACGAUUGCCACUGUUCAUCGUAUAUUUUGCUCUCUGGAAACGGUACAGACUGGCAGAAAGUGUUUAAGAUGACUAAAAACUCAUUUGAAAGAAGUCCUUUGUAUUUAUACUGGGACAAACUGCCUAUUAAAAAGGUGAGAUUUCGAGCGAGAAAAGAAUAUGAGAAGGACGACUUCAUAACAUUCAACGGGAAAGGGACGAAUUCUACAUCAUGGUUCCAGAAAGAUAAAAUCAUUGAAAAUUCAAACGAGAAUUGGGUUCCACGGAAAUUUACUUUCAUAGAAAAGGACCCCUAUUUUAGGAUCGAGAUGAAAGUUGGAACAGGAGAAAAACGAUUCAUCGCUGCUAGAAAAAAGGGAACCCAUGAAGAGUUUGAUAUUUCUAUCAAAAACGAAGACGAAAAAAGUGUCUUCAGAAAAUACAACGCUUUGAUCAUCUCAGUGAUUUUGAUGUAGAGUUUCUUAAACGAGGGACAUAUUCAUACGGCACUGAAUAUUUUCACCUCAAUAGACAUCAGUGAUUGGUUGAAAUUGCAGAAAUUGAAGAAAAGUAAAA